UAGAAACAAAAACAAUAAUCGCCGUGCAAAAUAACUCUUUUGUAAUACAAUUUUUGUAAAAUAAUGAUAAAUUCCCGCUUAUUUCGUUUAAUACACGACAAAAGAUUAAGUGUUCCCAUUUUAAGAUGUUUUCAUCAUGAAUUUUCAAACCCGGAUCUAAAGAAAACCUUAAAUGUGGAAGAACAAAAACCGGCGCAGCAGGAAACUGAUCUUACAAGAGCUUUAGGCCAGAAGUACAAAAUAUUUCGAGAGGAGGAAUCUCCAGAGAUCUUAGAUAUAUUUGAGGAACGUCAACGUUAUCAAUCGCAGGAUGAACCAGAGGAAAUAGAGGAUGAUUCUUAUAUGGGUUUAAAUCUGAAACGAGGUCUUACUGGUGUUUUUGAUGUAGAGGAUUUGGUCGAUGUCUUGCGCAAAGAAAUGGCUGAAGAUAUAUUUGUAUGCUCAGUGCCCAAAGAAUUAAAAUACAUUGAUUACUUGGUGGUAUGCAGUGGCCGCAGUUAUCGUCAUAUGCUGGCCAUGGCUGAAUUUGUGAGACGUGUUUAUAAAAUUAAACGCCAAAAAGGUGAUAUUUUACCACGCAUUGAGGGUGAGAAAAGUCGUGAUUGGAUGGCCAUGGAUUUGGGCAACAUAGCAUUACAUAUAUUUUUUCCCACAAAAAGAGAAGCUUACGAUUUGGAAUCGCUUUGGGCUAUAGGCACUGAAUAUGAUAGAGAAUUCAAUAAGCCCCAAGAUCCUUUGGUGGAACUUUUCGAGAAACAUUCAACUUUAUUGGCAGAUAUAAAACCACAGAAGUAAAUUUACCUACUACUAUAUAUACUUGUUAUGUUUUAAUUUUAUUUCAUUUUAUUAAUAAUUAUUUGAAUACAUUACAAAACAAAUCUUAAAUCUACCAAUA